AUUUGUAGAAGUAACAAUCUAUUAGCAAACAAAUUUUGGACUACAUGCUUAAGUUAAUAAUUCAUUCUUGAACUUUUCUCUGUUUCUCAAUUCAAAUUCCAAAGUUUUCUGUGAAAUGAAUCUUUUGACUAACUUGAGUCUAAGAGGUUUAAGUUAAAGGGGUCUGAUCUCAUCAAUGACAUGGUUUAUCUAAAACCAGACUCAAUCAACUCUAUCACACUUUAGUAGAUUCUAAAUGUGUAAAUGUCGUAGCAGGAGGAAGGUCAGUCAAACUAUCUAUGGGUACAUAAACUGCUUGAAUAUAGGUUAUGGGGACCCUUCUUUGUUAGAAAUAAUUCUUUCCUAUAAAUAAUCCAUUUCGGUACUAAGGGUCGGCGAUAAGCCAAUAAUCCACAACAGGUGCUCACAUCAGAUAGGUACACAAUUUUUUCGAUAUUUUCGUGGGGUUGCUAACUCAAUAGUAGUUGUUUGUUGAGGAUGUUACAUCUGAACAACCCAGGUCAGUUAUAAUUACAUUGCUGAAAAGAAUGGGGGUUACUUCUAAUUCUGUACAACCAAGAAAUAAAUAAACUGUCUCAAUCAUUACUUCUUAGUUUUUAAAAUUAUAUUCCUCAGCUUAUACAUGACACCUUAUCAUUUUUCAAAUCAGGCAGGUUUCUCUUUAGUAUUAUUUAAAAAGCUAGUCAAUGGGUUCCCAGAAGUCCAUCGCUAUUAACUUAUUAAAACCAUUUAGAUAAUUAGGAAGUUGAUUGAAAUAUUAUCUUCCACUGACUAUUUGAUGGUUUGUUAAGGCAUUCUAUCAAUACCCAUUUUCUUGAUUAUUUAAGCCAUGUGCUGAGAAUUGUGAAGUUGACUACUGAUUAUACUAAUGAUUACUUCUUGGAAUUGAACGUGCAUUAAAAAAAUGAGAAAUACCUACUUUUGGGUAGACGGAAAACAAGUAUUAAAUUAUGAAUAAAAUCUGGAAACAAAGAUAAGGGAAAUGGCUAAAUCAGAAUAGAGUAUAAGUAGUCACACUUUCUUGUUUGAAAAAUAUCGUAACAAGCCCAAAGCAAACAAACUUGUUUCCAGCUAAGAAACCAAACUUUGCUAUUACAAUGAGGAUUUGCUGGUUCAUAACAACUUUAGCCAUUACUGCUUUCUUUUCUUCUCCUGCUUAUGCUUAUGAUCUCAACCCUCUACAGGACAUAUGUGUUGCAGUUAACGACUCUAAGGCUUCUGUUUUUGUGAAUGGGAAGUUUUGCAAAGACCCAAAGCUUGCAAAAGCGGAUGAUUUCUUUGCUUCAGGUCUUAACGUUAGUGGAAAUUCAGUGCCUCAGUUAGGUUUUGCUGUAAAGGUUGUGGAUGUGAACAACAUGCCUGGACUCAACAGUCUUGGUAUGUCUAUAGUUCGCGCUGACUUGGAACCACAGGGUCUCAGUCCACUUCACACGCACCCUCGAGCUACUGAGCUCAUAACUAUCUUGGAGGGUACUAUUUAUGCUGGAUUUCUUGCUCCUGAUGCAGCAAACAUUUUUAAGAGUCGUCUCUUCUCCAAAAUCUUGAAUCCUGGAGAUGUGUUUGCGAUCCCACAAGGUCUUAUUCACUUCCAGUAUAACGUGGGACACAAAAAAGCUACUCUGCUUGCUUCUUUCAACAGUCAAAAUGCUGGAGUCGUCAUUAUUCCUAACUCAAUCUUUGCUUCAGAUCCACCUAUUCUGGACGACGUUCUUGCCAAAGGGUUCCAACUUGAUAAGAAAGUGAUUGAAGAACUUCGGAAGAAAUUCUCCUAGGCUAUAUAUGUCAUCAAAAAUAUGAUUCGUGCUGCUCACCAGCGUCUUCUGAAAAGCGAUGGAAUAAUACUUUUCUCUAAUUACGGUUUGUUGGACUUUGGAGUGAACUUAUUCAUUCAUUCAUGGAAGCUGACAUUUUCCCUAAUUCUCUUUCUGUCAUGCUGUUAAUUAUUUGAAAAGCGAAAUUAAAUCAGUGAACUUAGGCGACAUGUUAUAUAUAUAGAUACCCAUAAUGUCCACUUGGUGCGUUCAGUUCUUUUGUCUUCAGAUGAAAGUAACAUGUAGUUUCUCUUCUUGUAAGGUUAAUAACUUAAUAUCGAAAAUAAAUUGUGAAAGGGUUCAAUGAA